AAGAGGGAAAAUAAAGUAUUUUUAUUUGUACUAAAUAAAAUUUGGCCUACAGGCUUUAUGUGACUCAGUACUGAACAUCUGGGACUGAUCAGAGGAUCACAAACGGGAAAGCAGUCAUCUGGCUUCUAGAAAUAAACACAUUCAGUUCCUCUUCCAAAACUUUAUUUUUUUAAUGAUAAACUGCAACAGCCAUUUUAAGUCUUUCUAAUACUUGCAGCCACAGUUUUUAUAAACUUUUCAGUAAGUUUCAGUAUUACUUUUUCACAUCACAGCACCAGACAACUAUUAAAUUUCAUUUAAACUUGAACUGGCAGCGGUGUUUGGGAUCGCCUUUCACACACACACAUACACGAUUAAUUCACUACUCUUUUGCUUCAAAAUUUUAUGAAACAAUGGUAGUCUUGCAACUCCAAUUUUUAUUAGUUCCAUUACUCGCAAGCAUCAUGGGAGCAGCACAAUAUAUGAUGCAAGAUGCAGCACUGAUGAACUACAUUGACCGGCGUCUCCUAUCUCUAGAGAAGAGGCUGGAAAAAUGCAACCAAGACAUACUGGAUUACGUGGAAGAAUUCCGAGACUUUUCAAAGAUGGUACUGUUGCGCCUGGCAGGACUCAACAAUUAUAAGGCUGAGGUUAAAAGUGAAGUAGAGAAUUUGCUAACAAGAAUUGAACGAGCACAAAGGGACAUUGACUAUUUUGGAUCUGUCACAGAUUCUCAUACGUGCAUAGAAGUACAUGAAGACCUGGUAAAACAGCAGCUAUUUGAAGAAGCAGAAGAAAAAAAGAAACUUAAACUCAUGCUUAAUGCAAGUUGUGACCACAUGCUUGCAGGUAUUAAGUCCCUAAAGAUCGUUAAGAAGACUGGAGAUAAGCAUGGCUCUUGGAUGAAAGAUCCUGGCAAAAAACAUACCAAGAUUUAUUUAUUGAAUGGUGCUGUAAAUAAUGUCAUUUGGGAAUUUGCAAAUAUCAUGACAUUCACAGAAAGCAAUCAUACACUGAGAGCUCGCAGAGUCACUUUGCCAUUUCCCUGGGAAGGAACUGGCCAUAUAAUAUACCAGGGUUUCCUGUUCUAUCACAGAUAUGGCUCCUUAAAUGAAAUAAUUAAAUUCAAUAUCCAGAAAAGAAAUGUAACUGACCAAAUGCUACUGCCAGGGGCUGGAAGGAUUCCUGCCUAUCAGCUUUCUCCCUCUACAAAAAUAGAUCUUGCCAUUGAUGAGCAAGGGCUCUGGGCAAUCCAUGCAGAGCCAGACACUGGAGGGAACAUUGUAAUUACUAAAAUUAACCACAUAACCAUGGCAGUAGAGCACACUUGGGACACAUCAUGCAGCAGCAAGGAGGCUGAAGCAGCUUUCAUGGCGUGCAACACACUCUAUGUUGUCUACAACUCUCCUAGUGGAGGCACCUCUCGCAUACGAUGCGUUUAUGACAUUCUGGAUGCUGUAAAUACUCAGGAAAUCCCAGUACUGCAUUUUCCAAAACGCCAGGGUAGCCAUUCCACUAUACAUUACAAUCCUAAAGAAAUGCAACUCUUUGCUUGGGGUGAUGGAUCCCAGAUCAUUUACAAGCUUCAUACACAGCAAAAAGUUUAAAAUCAUUAUCAAAUUUUCAAACACACUUAAAAGCUACCAGUCCCACGUCAACAUAGUCAUUAAAGUGUAUUAAAAUUACAUUAUUCCCAUCUGUUACAACUUUAAUCUAUAUUACAUAAUAGGCUUACAUACCCCAGUGAUCUCAAACUAAUGUCCAAUUAAGAAUAUGUAAAGACUCCAUUAAUAUGAAUUACAUGAUGACUAAAUACCACCCACGUACAACUCACACACACACAUGUAAAUUAUUCUUAAAGACUAAGGUUAAUUUAAAAAACAAUAAUCCAUCUCUGACAUGUUCUCUGCCUAUCAAAACUACAUAUUCUGCUUCAGUGCCAUGCAAAUCAAAUAAUACGUCCUUCCUGUAGCUGACAAACUUUGCUAUCCUGAACUCACUGUAGGAAGCCUUCUUGCAAGCACUAUAAAAUCACAUGCUUCCAGAGAAACUAUCUAUAAAAAUUUAACAGGAGAGUUUUAUCAUAUCACAAAGCAUAAAAGUAUAUAUCCUCAUGGUUUAUUUUUAACAUGUAGUUCUUGUACAUUACAUUGAGGCUAUUCUGACUCAUUGAACUUCUAGUCUAUUUCCAUGAAAUUUCCGCAUUUUUGUUAUCCAUAUAGCUGUACAGUUCACUUUCGAUCCUGAUAAUACAUUAGCUACAGCUAAAUAUCCACUUUUAUCAGCUUUAAUUUGCCACCUUUCAUUUUUUUUCCUGUGUAUCACUUCUUGUGCGUCAGAAGGAAUGUUCCUAGAUUAUCUGUUCUGUAUCAUACACUAUUUUAAAAUGUUUUACAUAUCACUCUUUCAUUGUUUCCUUUCUUACCAGUGCUCUUUCAGCAUCUAGUUGUGAGGCAUUUUCAAAUCACUUCUAUUGCUCACAGCGGAAUCUUUCUCAUCCUAACCUCUGACUCCAGCAAAAUACCUGUACAGAGAAGGUGGCCCUGAUGAGCAGAAUAGUCCUGGUUUUGUGAGUGAUGGAAAAACUCCAGGUAAAUCCAAACACAUUUUUGUGUCAAAAAUUAUAUUAAAAAAAAAAAAAACCUAACUGAACCAAAGCAAAACAAAGACCAAAAAAAAAAAACCCACACACAAACACACACCAAAAAAAACCCAAAACAAACAAACAAAAAUCACAAUAAAACAAACACUAAACAACACAACACCAAGCCCUAGAUUUUACUUGUAAAAUACAGGUAUUGGCUGUACUUUUGGGAUUUUAGUGACUGCUGCAUUUUUGUUUAAUAACACACACACACACACACAAAGUGCUUGAAAAGCAAUCCACAGCUGUUUCUACAGAAAGACUGUUUUGUUCUUUACACUGAAAGAGCUGUUGUUUGGUUUAAAAAUAGCUUCAACAGAACAGCCAAACGUCAGAGAAUGAUCCUGAAAAGGAGUUCCAGAAUACAACCAAGAGCGUAUGGACUGCUUGAGUUGAACACCGCUACUCUACUUUUAGCAAAAUAAACUGUAUCAUCCUAAGCAGCCUUAACGACAGCAUCACUUCAAUGUUACACAAGCCAUAAGAAGCACAGCUAAAGACAUCCUCACACUGCAAGUAAAGUGAGCUGGCGCUGAUUGACUGUGUGAUCAUGGGUCAAAGGCACAUCCAACUAUUUGGCCUUUUUUUUUUUUCUCAUCUGUUUGUAAUUUUACAAACACAAAAAUACAAAAGAGUAUUAGCCACUUUGGAAUGCUUUAACAUCUUUUACUGCAAAAGAAUGUGUAAUUUUCUUUACUUAACAAAUAAAGGCUUUUAAUGUAAA